CUGUGAUCAGCGAUGUAUGUUGGGAACGGCGCUGCAUGCUGGGAUAGUAUUGGCAAAGCGACCUCAGCCAGAGUGACUUUUCAGCUUCCUGUGGUCCCUUAGACUUCGAGUUCAAGUGGCUACAGCACUGCGGUGUCCUGAGAAUUAAAGCCUACUGACAUCAGGCUAGCGCCGCCCUGUUAGAAACAAGGAGACAGCGCUCUCUCGCGGGAGCAGAAACCUACACGUCCUGCUCCGCUCGGAGCUGAAGCGCGUGCGUGACCAGGCAGCUCUGUCACGUGACUCAAGCACAGCGCCUGGUUGGCUCCAGCCAGGUUACCUAGACAACGGAGCUUGAGGCGCUAGGCAGCUCUGCACCAGUAGGUCUCGCGGCCUAAGGAGACCAGGUUUGCAGCGAAGGCCGCGCACUCGCUCCCGGGCGGCGACCGAGUCUACGGGCCGCAGAUGGGAGCCCAGGGCGCCGAAGAUGCGGGCGGUCCGGGCCGAGACGCCGGCGCGGGAGCUUUUCCGGGACGCCGCAUUCCCCGCCUCGGACACCUCGCUCUUCUACAACUUGUCCACGCCUCUGGCCCAGUUUCGGGAGGACAUCACUUGGAGACGGCCCCAGGAAAUUUGUGCCACACCUCAGCUGUUUCCAGAUAACCCAUGGGAAGGACAGGUGAAGCAAGGGCUGCUGGGGGAUUGCUGGUUCCUAUGUGCUUGUGCCGCCCUUCAGAAGAGUCAGCACCUCCUGGACCAGGCUUUAAAUACCAACAAAGAAAAGGUCUUCCCUCCAGGACAGCCAGGCUGGUCUGACCAGAAAUACCGAGGCUUCUUCACCUGUCGAAUUUGGCAGUUUGGACACUGGGAGGAGGUGACCAUAGAUGACCGUCUGCCUUGUCUUGCCGGGAGACUCUGCUUUUCUCGGUGCCAGAGAGAGGAUGUGUUCUGGCUUCCCUUACUGGAAAAGGCCUAUGCUAAGGUCCAUGGAUCCUAUGAGCAGCUAUGGGCAGGGCAGGUGGCAGAUGCCCUGGUGGAUCUCACUGGAAGCCUGGCAGAAAGGUGGAGUCUGAAGGAUGUAAUGAAAACCAGUGGCCAACAGGACAGAACCAGUGGUGGGGAGCACAGAACUUGUCGGCAGCUACUCCGCCUGAAGGACCAGUGUCUAAUCAGCUGCUCUGUGCUUAGCCCCAGAGCAGGUGCCAGGGAGCUCGGGGAGUUCCAUGCCUUCAUCAUCUCAGAUCUGCAGGAUCUCAGGAGUCGGACUGGCCAGGGUAUCCUCCUACUACGGAUUCACAACCCCUGGGGCCGGCGUUGUUGGCAGGGCCUCUGGAGAGAAGGAGGUGAAGGGUGGAACCAGGUAGAGCCAGCUAAGGAGUCUGAGCUGCUGGCACGACUCCAGGAAGGGGAGUUCUGGGUAGAGGAAGAGGAGUUCCUCAGGGAGUUUGAUGAGGUCACCAUCGGCUACCCAGUCACAGAGGCCGGCCACCUACAGAGUCUCUACACAGAGAAGGUGCUGUGCCAUACACGGACAUUGCCUGGUGCCUGGGUGACAGGGCAGUCAGCAGGAGGCUGCCGGAACAACAGUUGCUUUCCCUGCAACCCCAAGUUCUGGUUACGGCUCUUGGAACCCAGUGAGGUGUGUGUGGCUGUCCUUCAGAGACCCCGGAGGCGCUUAGUAGGCCAGACUCGGGCACUGGCGGGUGCCAGCCCUGCACCAGUGAACCUCCCAGGCAAAGACUACCAGGCUGUGGGCUUGCACAUCUGGAAGGUAGAGAAACGGAAGAUCAGCCUGCCCAGAGUCCUGUCUGCACCCCCUGUCGUCGGCACUGCAUGCCAUGCAUAUGAUCGUGAGAUCCACUUGCGUUGUGAACUCUCACCAGGCUACUACCUGGCUGUCCCUAGCACCUUUCUGAAGGAUGUGCCAGGGCAGUUCCUGCUCAGAGUCUUUUCCACUGGGAAAGUCUCCCUCAGUGCUGUCAGGCUGGCCUCCAAGGGCACAUCACCUGGAACAGCCCUGCCUGCAGGCGAGUGGGAGACUGUGCAGUUGCAGGGCUGCUGGAGAGCUGGCCAGACAGCAGGGGGCAGCAGGAACUUUACGUCAUACCCCUGCAAUCCCUGCCUCCCCUUCUCCGUCCCUGAGGGUGCUGGCCCCCGCUACAUCCGAAUCACUCUGCAGCAACACUGCCGACUCAGUGACAGCCAGCUCCAUCCCAUUGGUUUCCAUGUCUUUCAGGUUCCAGCAGAUGGUGAGAACCAGGAUGCGUGUUCCCUGCUGCUCCAGGAGCCACUGCUAAGCUGUGUACCACAUUGCUAUGCCCAGGAAGUGAGCCGCCUCUGCCUCCUUUCUGUGGGGAACUACAGGGUUGUGCCUUCCACCUACCUGCCAGAUACAGAGGGUACCUUCACAGUGACCAUAGCAACCAGAAUAGACAGGCAGUCCAUUCACAGCCAGGAGAUGCUGGGCCAGCUGCUGCAGGAGGUCUCCUUCAUGGCAGUGAUGAAAGCCUGACACUGGAACCUGUGUUCUGGCCUUGGCCAGAGUGCCUGCCACCCCUGUGCCCAGCAUCCAGGCGUAUCUCCAGUCAGUCAUGAGCCAAGCUUCUCAUCAACUCUGGGGGCUGGCUGUGGAUCUUGGGGCUAAAAUAGGGUGCUUUGUCCUGGAUUGAAAACACCUCAGAGUCCAGUGGGUGCUGCAGGGUGGGGCUAGGACUCCCAAGUAGUAUCUUCAUUCCUCAGUGAAGCCAGGAGAUCCCUGGGACCCAGGUUUGCUGUGAAAGGCUUCGCAGAAUCCACAUGACCUGCUUGACUUCAGAAGCCUUACACCAGGCAGGCAGAUUGUGAAAAUGCUAAAAAGUAUUUAUUACUUGAAAUAUUUUUGGAAUGUGACUUUAUAAAUAAACAUGAAUGAUUUAUGAAUUA